AUGGAGAGUAAAGAUCAAAAUGUAUAUAGAAAAGGAAGUGAUAAUUUUUCAAAAGGAUCAAAUACCUUUUUUGGAAAUUUAAAGAGUAUAUCAACAACAACAACAACAACAACAACAACAGCAAAUACAGAUCAACAAGUAUCAAAAGUUGCAGAAAAUAAUGAAAUUGACGAUAAUUCAUCAGUUGAUAGUAGUUCUAGUAAUCCAUCAUCAUCAUCAACAUCAACUACACCAGUAAAACCAAAAACAUUUGUUGAUGGUGCAUUAAGAGGUGUAUGGAGUAUUGGUGUUGGUGUUGUUAAUGGUGCUAAAGGUAUUGUUGAACAACCAUAUCUAGGUGCCAAAAACAAUGGAUUGGGUGGUUUUGUCAAAGGUGUAGCAAAAGGUGUUAGUGGUGUUGUAAUUUUACCAGCAGUAGGAGUAUUGGAAUUCUUUUCAUACACAACUCAAGGUAUUUAUAAUACACCAAUUACAGUACUUGAUGCAAUGAAAUCAUCACCAAAAGAAGAGGAGAUGAUAACAGUUUCAGCAGAAAUUCCAACCAUUUUCUUUGCUGUAGAAUUGGAAGAAUCUUUUAAAACUGCCAAAGAAAAAGGUAUUCCACAUCUUUUAAAAGUUUGCAUUGAAUUCAUUUCAAGAAGAAAAAAUAUUGAAGGAAUCUUUAGGAUUAGCGGAUCAAAAUUUUUAAUCGAUGAAAUUCAAUCAAAAUUCGAUAAAGGUUUAAUUACUUCAGUUGAAGAUUUAGAUCCAAAUUGGAUUUAUGAAGUUGCAUGUAUUUUCAAAUCAUAUUUUAGAUAUUUACCUCAUUCAGUUAUUCCAGAUGAACAAAUUACAGAAUUUUAUAGAAUUCAAAAUAAUAUUACAGAUGCAACUGAAAAAGCAGCAGCAUUAAAAGCAGUUGUUAAUUCAAUUCCAAAUUUCCAAUAUACAAUUCUUUAUGAAUGUAUAUCUUUAUUACAUGAUAUUUCAUUAAACUCUAAAGAAAAUUUAAUGACUCCAAGUAAUUUAUCAAUUGUAUAUGGCCCUAGUUUAUUAAGACCAAAUAUUGAAAAAGGUGACAUCCAAGAAAUUGCAAAUGCAAAUACUAUUGUAUUUAAUUUAAUUUCAUUCUUUCAACAAAUUUUUAUCAAAAAUCCUGAUCCUUCAAUUUUAGAGAUUGAACAUCCAAUUACUCCAAUUAAACCAAUGAUUCAAAAAUAA